UCCGGUCAUUGUUCUCGCGCCUGGAAGGGCAGGGGUUUCGGAGGGCCAGCUUCUUCUUCUUGAGCGUGUGCGUCCGAGCCCAGCCUCUGAACUACACAUGUUGACAGUACUCAUCUUGGCCCUGAGGAAAAAAUCAAGAAGAAGCUUUUGAAACUUAAAAGAUUAGAUGGGGCUUGACCUCUGCAGGGUAACCCCUAGGAGUUCUUCAGCUGUGCAGAGAAGAUGACUACAGAAUUGAGAGAGGUCAUGACCCCAGCCCCCUGGGGCCCAGUGAAGGUGAAAAAGGAGGAGGAAGAGGAGGAAAAUCUCCUAAGUCAGGCAUCCAGCCAACAAGCUUAUUCUGAGAACAUCAAAGUCUGGGCCGCACAGGAGGGGCCUCAGGCAGGCCUUGAUGUAUCCAAAGAGGAGGAAAAGGAUCCGAAUAUGUUCUGGGACAUGGCAAUAGUCCGAAAAGCAACACAGAAGGCCCCUGCUGCUGCUGCACCACUUGGCAGCUACUCAUUACCAAGGGCUCUGGCCAAGAGUGAGAUACUGGAGACUCAUGAGAACCUGAACUCUCUGGGUGCUGAAACCAAGAAUGUACAGUUACUGGUUCCAAAAUCUGAGAUAUGUGAUGAAACUGAAAAAUCCCUCAUAAUGUCAGGAAAAAUCCAGGAAGUUGAUGAUCAAGGACCUGAAUUCAGAGAAUUAUGUGAAACAGGGAACAUGGCAAAGAGGCAGAAACUAAAGAGGGAAAAGAAAGAUUUCAGACAACUGACAGCGAAGGAUUGUCACCCACCUGAAAACUUCAAAGAAGAGAAAGACCAAAAAAGUAAGAAAUCUGGGGGGAAAUAUAGCCUUAGUUCUGGCUCUAUUAAAAAUCAGAAAAUCCAGCCAGGGCAGAAGCCUUUUAUGUGUAGCGUAUGUGGAAAAGGCUUUAGUCAGAGUGCAAACCUUGUUGUGCAUCAGCGAAUCCACACUGGGGAGAAGCCCUUUGAGUGCCAUGAGUGUGGGAAGGCCUUUAUUCAGAGUGCAAACCUCGUGGUACAUCAGAGAAUCCACACUGGACAGAAACCUUACGUUUGUGCAAAAUGUGGGAAAGCUUUCACUCAGAGUUCAAAUCUGACUGUCCAUCAAAAAAUCCACUCCUUAGAAAAAACCUUUAAGUGCAGUGAAUGUGAGAAAGCCUUCAGUUACAGCUCACAACUUGCCCGGCAUCAGAAAGUUCACAUUACAGAAAAGUGCUAUGAAUGCAACGAAUGUGGAAAGACAUUUACUCGAAGCUCAAACCUCAUUGUCCACCAGAGGAUCCACACCGGGGAGAAGCCCUUUGCUUGUAAUGAUUGUGGCAAAGCCUUCACCCAGAGUGCAAAUCUUAUCGUCCAUCAGCGAAGCCAUACUGGUGAGAAGCCAUAUGAGUGUAAAGAGUGUGGGAAAGCCUUCAGUUGUUUUUCACACCUUAUUGUGCACCAGAGAAUUCACACUGCAGAGAAACCUUACGACUGCAGUGAAUGUGGAAAAGCCUUCAGUCAGCUCUCUUGCCUUAUUGUCCACCAGAGAAUUCACAGUGGGGAUCUUCCUUACGUGUGUAAUGAGUGUGGGAAGGCCUUCACGUGUAGUUCAUAUUUACUUAUUCAUCAGAGAAUCCAUAAUGGGGAAAAACCUUACACGUGUAACGAGUGUGGCAAGGCCUUCAGGCAGAGGUCGAGCCUUACUGUGCAUCAGAGAACCCACACUGGGGAGAAGCCCUACGAGUGUGAGAAGUGCGGUGCAGCUUUCAUUUCAAACUCACACCUCAUGCGACAUCACAGAACCCAUCUUGUUGAAUAAGAAAGGGGGAGGAAGACCUUCAGCUGCUGGUCAUAAUGUACUACCCGCCAAAUUAGACACCUCUUUGCAGUUUUCUGUCUCUGUAAAAACAAGGUAUGGUUUUCAGGAAGGCAGCACAAAUAAACACUUCAGAGGUUAAUUUAAAGAGGCUAAGCAAAAGAAAAACUAAGCACCUAAAGGCAAGGACUUUGGUUUAACUCUAUCCUAAGCAGUCAUGUUUUCUGAAAUGGAAUGUGACUUUCUUAGAAAUGGGUCAUACAAAGCUAGUUGAUAAAGAGUCUAUUUGGGAAAAGGUCUUUUUUGCUUAAUUUUGUUUUUUAAAAUUGGCAAUUGCUUGAGCAACAGGAAGGUGGUUUUCCUUUUAGAAUUCCGGAGCUCCAACCUUUCUAUUGUAGUAUUCUGGGUUAAGUGAUGACUAGUUAAGGAAACCAUUUGGGGUAGGCAUUCAACAGCGACUCAUCUGUGAAUAUGAGCUUUAUAUUCCCUAGGUUAUUUUUAAAAAAAUCAAUCAAAAAAAAAUACCACUCCUAAAAUGAACAGAAAUUUGAAACAACUGUUUCCUUUGUUGUUUAUGCCUCCUGAACCUUGGUUUAGUAAAGUUCUGGGGACUUCAUAUGAGUCUCUUCUGACUAUUCCACAGUCUGCAAGGCCUGGUGCUCAAGGAUUGAUGGCGACAACACAGCAGUUACAUUCAUUUGCUAAGGUUGACAACUCCCUUUAAAUAGCUCCACCUGGCCCCCCAAUUCGCAUUGCAUCAUUUUAGGUGAGAUGCAUCUAGCAUGCCCCUGCUCUGAUAGAAGAGUCAAAGAAUAAAACUUGCCUAGAGACAUACUCAGGUUGCCUCUGCUCUUACUCUGCUCAAGCCCAGCUUGGGAUCUUGGUAUAGGUUUCAUUCUCACUUUCUGGAUGGUAUUUAGAAGAAAUGGUAGAACUCUUCUAAUUCUGAGAGGGCUAAAGAGGGGAGUGAAGAGAGAGGGAGGAGGCAGAGUGGGAUUCCUAAGGGGUUAAUUUGGUUCUUAAUAAAUUGAGAGGUGUUGGAAUGUGAAAACGUCUAGAAGGUUGAAGAAACUGGCUAAGGUAAGGUAAGAGAUCUUUCUUGUUAAGCCUGAUUCCUGGGAAAAUUAUUCAUAAAACUAUGCAAUAGGUAGAGUUCUGUAAUAACACUGCCUUGUAUUUAUGUAAAACUUAUACUUUGUUGUUUGCCUUCAUGUAUAGAAUGAUGAUACCUGGCAGUGAUUUCAUGCUUUCCCGUAGACCAUUACCUUCAUCCUUAGAACAUUGCAGAGUUGUUUUCUCAUUUACUUGAAAGUGGUCUGUAACAUGAGGCCAAGUAAGAAGUGACUGCCUGCAUCCAGUUCUGGGACCUGCUGCUAUCUGUAAUCUUUAUCCAGACCUGUGAGGGAACCUGAGAAAAGGGUAUGUAGUCUCAUUUUCAGGUGAGGAGGCUGAGGUGGUAGAUUUGGGUGUGUUUUAGGUGGUGUGACCAGGAGUAGCAAAUUUAGUACUAGAAUUUUGGUCUCCUGAUUUCUGGGUCUAUCUCCUCACCCCAUUCCAGCACAUUCCAAUAGCAUUCCAAUAAUUAGAAACAUUGAGUCUGGUGAUAAGCAAUCUGGUGCAGCUCUCAUCAAGAAGUUCCAUGCUUUUAUUGUCUUUUUUCUGUAAGACUAAAUAAUAUAAAUCACAUAGUGUUUUCUAGUUUACAGAGCACUUUUAAUGUACAGAAGGCAUACAGAAGAAAGCUUAUUAUUUUCCUGUUACCUUUUUUUCUGCUUCUAGAAGUCUUUUGUCAAAGUACAUGCACCAUUGUUUCUCAGUUUCAUUCUAUUCAUAGAGAUACAGAUACAAGAAAUCAAAAGAAUUCAAAAGUAGGACUCAAAAAUACUGAUGUCCUCAUUGACCCUAACGGUGAUUGUUCUGCCCUCUGUCUAGGAGCAAAGACCCAAGGAUAACACUUAAGUUUCUCUGCUGUGACUAGGAAUAAGUUAGUUCUUUCCUCCCUGCCUGAUCAGGUAGCUCAGAAUGUCAAGAGAGCAAGCCUGAGGAUUUGAGAUGGCUUUGUGAAGUUGACCCACCAAGAGACCAAAAUACUUUAUGACCAUUACAACAAGUUAAUAUGUUUUAACUUCACAUCCUAUAUUCAUGGAUGAUUGUAAUAUCCUGGCUACAGAUUUCCAUUCUUGGAUGGAAAGUCACCCAGUGAUUCUGAUGCAGAGCUAGGUAUGGGAUUCACUCAUCCAAGCUUGAAGUAAAGCAAUGGUUUUCAACCUUGGUUGCAUGUUAGAAAUCACCCAGAGUACUUUAAAAACUUGCCACAUCCAUGCCUCAUUUUUUUUUUUAAAACCCUGGAGGGAACCACUACAGGCUUAGAAUGUAUGAUCAAAGAUGGGAAGGAGGUUCCAUUGUAAGGAUCUGUGUAUGUAGUGUUAGCAAAACAGAACACUUAUUCUGAAUUAGCUGGAUUAGGUGUCCUUUAGUGCCCCUGCCAAACUAGUUGUUUGGAUUAUGUGACCUUAUUUGUAUUUAAGUGAAUAUACCAAACAUUUUAAUUUAUAUGAGCAAACCAAGUUUUACAUACCACACUUUUAUGUAUGUAUUAUGACUUUUUACAUUUCUACUUUAAUUUUAUCUUCAGAUCUGGGUUUCUGCAAUCCCAUACCCAGGUUCAGAACCUCCAGCCCUACCCAAAUGGUGUGAACCAAGUAGAUUACUAACAACAACUCUUCCCAAUUUAUUUACAACCUUCAAAAUAAAUUACAACCUGUGAUUUUCCUUACAGUUACUAAUAGGGGAAGAGUGUUUGUUGUCAAAAUUGGGUUAAGUUUCCUGUUCCUUUGGGUCAUCUCCCUUCUCCAUUGGCUGGCCUUGUUAGAAGGGUUGAGAACUCCAAAGUUCCAUUUCCCAAAGUUGCUGAGAGUUAUCAGACUUUAUUUAUCAAAGAGCUCUGUGCUAGGCUUGUGCUAACAGAGCAGGAGGUUGGACAUGGUGGCACACACUUAUAAUUCCACUGCUUGGGAACUUGAGGCAAGAGGAUUACAAGUUCAUGACCAGCCUGGGCAAUUUAGUGAGACCCUGUCUCAAAAUAAAUAAAAAACUGGGGUUGUAAGUCAGUGGUAGAGCACUCCUGGGUUCAGCCCCAGUACUGCAAAAACAAAACAAAACAAAAAAAACAACUAGGAAAUAUGUCUCAAAUGACACCACUAGAUGUGUGUUAAGUGGAGCACAAUGAUGCAAGACUGAUAGUGAAAUCACUACAGGUAGUUUGAGACACAGGAGAAAGACUUCAUCAACCCCUAAUACGAACACACAUAUAUACAUAUUUACCUCAGAACCAAUAUCCAUGAAUACUUGCUGGCUCCAGAAUAGGUGUCUUUGCUCUGAAUCUCCUUCCUUGCCUAGGCAGUUGUCCCUCUUGCACAUCUGACAGUUCACUUGCUCCCUCAUCCAGUGUUCCUAACCUUCUUGGAGUUGCAGCUCUUUUAAGAAUCUCAUGGAGAUUGUGAAUGCGCUUCCUAAGAAAUGCCUAUUCAACUUCAUGCUCCUUUGUAGUGUCAUACAGACUUCCUGAAGGAAAUCCAUAAAUCCUGUAGGGAUUAACAUCUCACCUGAAGUUGCAUUGCAUAAUCACCUAUGAGACUUUUUUAAAUGGAGGUCAGAUUAUCGUUAUCUCUUUUGAGUAUUGCCAAAUACAACCUUUAAAUCUUGCUGUUCCCAGUUCCCUCCCUGUGGCAUUGCAUCCACUACGUGGAAGACCCAGAUGAGAUUCCCAGGAGGCAUUCCAGUUUCCUGUGUAUCUCUUGUCCAUUAAGAAAACAGUGUGGGUCCUCUUUGACACAUCUUGUGCAAGAUCCUGGAGUGCCAAAGCAAACAAGGUCAACUAACCCUGUUGUGUCUCAUGUGAAAGUGUCAGGAUCCGUGACAUGGUUUGCUCAGCUCUUCAUAAUCUUCCCGGCCUUAUCUCUACUUCCUCAUACCUUUUGCUGCAGCGUAGAGGCUUGUGCUUGCUCUUCUCUGUGCCUUGCUCCCGCCUUCCACAGUGCCUCUAUCACAUUACCACCACUUCCUCCUAUCCAUCCCCUCCUAGCUUCCCUAAGAUUUGGUUUCAAUCCCUGUCUUUGGGAAACCUUUUACUGUCCUGUGGACAAGGGCAUAUGAAAUAUAUUUAGAAGUAUAAAAAAGCAUGAUAUAGUAUGUAUCCAGAUUUUAAGUUUUAAAGUGAAAAAAAUGUCUGCUCGGCAGCUCGAGUCUGAGGCAGGAGGAUUCGAGUUCAUAGUCAGACUCAGCAAUUUAGCAAGGCUCUAAGCAACUUGGCAAGACCCUGUCUCAAAAUACGAAUUAAAAAGGGCUGCAGAUGUGACUCAGUGGUUUAAGCGCCCCUGGUUCAAUCCCUAAUACAAAAAAAAUUUUUUUGGAUUCAAAAUUACAUAUAGUACAGUUCUCAAUUUGUGUUGUUGUUACUUUUACUGACUACUAUUAAAAAGUAUUUAGACCAGUUACCUGAAGGAGAUACAAGAAAAUGUAUGUGGUUUAGUGACUUUUUCACAGCCAUACAGAUGGUAAAUUCUAGAGGGUACACUUAAACAUAGGUAUGCUUGGAUAAUAGAAGAUGGGUAAUUAAAAGGUUUUUUUUAAAAAGUAAUUUCCAUAAGAAAUUUUAUAAUCAAAAAUAAAUUAUAUUUACAUAUUUCAUUUUAUUGAAUUAAUUAUGAACAGUAUCGCAGUUCCCUCUUGUAUACAAUGUUGGAUAUAUUCUUCCCUUGUCUUCUACAUCCUUGCCUUUGACAUUGGCAAGUCUGAUAAUUCUAAAAUACUGUUCUGUAACCAUAUUCUUUUAUGCUUUGAUUUGUCUGAAAUUUAAAAAUAAACAGUAUGGGGGCUGGGGUUGUGACUCAGUGGUAGAGCACUUGCCUAGCACACGUGAGGCCCUGGGUUCAAUCCUCAGCGCCACAUAAAUUUUUUUUUUUAAAUAAAGGUAUUGUGUCCACCUACAACUAAAAAUUAUAUUAAAAAUAAUACUAAAAAAUAAACAGUAUGAAUGUUAUGAUCACAUAAAUAUUGUUGAAUCUAGACCUUUACUUUGUAUUUCCUUUUUGGGACAGCUUUUUGUUUUCACUGAAGUUUCUAUUUGUCUUUCUUUUCACUUUGUACUGUUUGCUUUUAGCACUUCGGUCAUUUACAAAUUCUCCAUCCAAUUAGAUAACUCUGUUGAGUACCCCUCCUCCACUUCCCUGUACAUUUCCCUUCCAGGUACGUAAGCCUCCUGCUCCAGUCUGGCACGGGUGCCCUCUUUGCUUACUGUCUUUACUUCCUCAUUUCACUGCAGCACAUCUUCAAGUAAUUUGGCAAAGAGUGUAUGGAAGGCAAAGUUGUUGAGUCCUUGUCCAUCUCAGACUUUUAAGACAUGCUUGAUUGGUAGUUUGACUGAAUCUUGAAUUUUAGGUGGAAGAAUUUCCUCAGAAGAGAUUAUAACAUCACUGACUUAGAACAUCUUCUAUUGCUAAUGAGAGGUCUGAGUUCAGCCUGAUUAUUAUUCCCUGAAGAAUCAGUACUGUUUAUAUUUUAGUGAUCUAUUCCCACACCCCCAUGCCUCUAUAUUUUUAAAGUCUUAUCUUUUUCCUUGGUGUAUUCAGUUCCCUGAUGCAUUGAGAAUUUUCAGUAUAGUGACUUGGGUAUUUCUCUUGGAAGAUUUCUUGUUAUAUACAUGACAGAUCCCUCUUCACAUUUUUUUUUUUCCUGUUUUUACUCUGUGGAUUCCUGUCAAUUAAAUGUUGACCCUUUUGGAUUGAUCCUCAACUGCUUCCUUGUCUUGUGUCACCUUUGGGGGACAUAUCUUGAUUAUUUUUCAGCAUUUCUUAAGGUUUGUUUUAAAAUUUUUAUAGCAAUUAGUUUAAUUCCUAAGAGCCUUUUCUCUUUGUAUGUUUCUUUUUCUUUCUCUCUUUUUUAUUUUCUUUUUUUUUUUGUAACGUACUAUUCUCAUUUUACAGAUACCUUUCAAAGUUCUCUAAGUUUUUGUUGUUGUUGUUUUCUUUGUUAGUGUUAGGCAUGAAACCCAGUUCUUGCACAUGCUAGGUGAGUACUGUACCACUGAGAUAUACCCCUCAGUCCCUCUCUGAGUAUUCUAAUUAGAAGGUUUUUCUUGGGGCUGGGGAGAUAGCUCAGUCGGUAGAGUGCUUGCCUUGUAAGCACAAGGCCCUGAGUUCGAUCCCCAGCACCC